UGGGGAGAGGCCGCGUUGCUAAGCGCUUCACUGUCUGCGCGCAGGGAGGAAAGUGCUAGAAAGACUGGAGUGAUAAAUAAAUGGAAGAGACCUACAUGGACAGACUAGUUAGCGAGGGAACUACGAGUCAGUCCCGGGGAAAGUGACUGAAUUUGCUGCAUCACUGUGACGCUGCAGAUUGUUGGAAGGAUCAGUUUCACUUUUCACAAACUAAAAGAUACCAGCAAGCUGUGUUCUGCGUUUCAUCUCCUUCCUGCUCUGACUCAGAACCACCAUGAGUGCCCACGAGGCAGAGGUCCAGACUCUGGCCCCAGAGAUGCCGGCCAUGUUCGAUGGGAUGAAGCUGGCCGCCGUAGCUACAGUUCUGUAUAUCAUCGUGCGCUGCCUGAACCUGAAGAGCCCCACUGCUCCGCCCGCCAUCAACUACCAGGACACGCCGCUGAAUCGCUUCCUGCUCAAGUCCUGUCCCUUGCUCACCAAGGAGUACGUUCCUCCCCUUCUCUGGGGUAAAAGUGGCCACUUACAGACGGCCCUGUAUGGGAAGCUUGGUCGGGUCAGUUCUCCACAUCCUCACGGACACCGAAAGUUUCUACCCAUGCCAGACGGGGCCACUGCCACCUUUGACCUUUUCGAACCACUGGGGGAUCACCAAACUGGAUAUGAUGUCACCACGGUCAUAUGUCCUGGAAUCGGAAACCACAGUGAGAAGCAUUAUAUCCGCACCUUCGUGGAUUACUCACAGAAGCAGGGCUAUAGGUGCGCCGUCCUUAACCAUCUGGGAGCCCUGCCUGACAUUGAGCUCACCUCCCCUCGUAUGUUCACCUACGGCUGUACGUGGGAGUUCUCAGCCAUGGUGGGCUACAUUAAAAAGGCCUACCCCCACACCCAACUUAUAGUGGUGGGCUUCAGCCUGGGUGGCAACAUUGUGUGCAAGUUCCUGGGAGAAAACCCAAGCAACCAGGAGAGGGUGCUGUGCUGCGUCAGCGUGUGCCAGGGCUAUAGUGCCCUCAGGGCCCAGGAGACCUUCCUCCAGUGGGACCACUUCAGGAGGUUCUACAACUUCCUUAUGGCGGAUAACAUGAAGAAGAUCAUCCUGUCGCACAGGAAGAGCUUAUUUGGUGGGAACUCCAAGAUGGUGGACCUCAGUCGGCUGUUUACGGCCACCUCCCUGAUGCAGAUCGAUGACAACAUCAUGAGAAAGUUCCACGGGCAUAGCUCACUGAAGGAGUAUUAUGAAAAGGAGAGCUGUGUACAUUACGUCCAUAAUGUCAAUGUUCCCCUCCUGCUAGUAAAUUCUGAAGACGACCCCCUGGUUCACCAGUCAUUGUUGACCAUCCCGCACACACUCUCAGAUAAGAAGUCCAACGUGAUGUUUGUCCUGACGCUGCACGGGGGCCACCUGGGCUUCUUUGAGGGGGCCGUACUCUUUCCGCAGCCCCUCACCUGGAUGGAUAAGGUCAUCGUGAGCUAUGCCAACGCAAUCUGCCAAUGGGAGCGAAACAAAACGCCAUGCCAGAGCAGGGACAACUGCCCAGAGGAGACAGAAGAGAAGGUUUAAGACGCAGUCCUCCUCCCUCCUCCACACUGCUCCUGUGUCCCACUCACACCAUGGACUUCUCUCAAGAUACAGCCAGUUCACUUCACUGAUCACCAGGAACGCUUUUUCUCUUCUGGGAUCCUUGCACUCUUUCUCAGCUGCUAGUGUUCGCUGAGUAAUCUGGAGAAGGAUACCGAUGGUGUGCCCAUCUGAAAUCGUGGUAAAUGGAAUGAAGGAAGUGUCUGGCUUUGCUUUUCACUGUUUUACCUCCAGGUUUUUGGCCCCCUUUUCCCAAAGAAAGUCAAGCAAUGUUUUUGGGAUGUCAGGAUUAGGACUCUGGUCCCCUGACACUUGCACCAACUGAGCCUCCCGCUGUCUUACCCUCUCUAUAAGGCCGAGGACAUGUGGUACAUCAUGGACGUACGCUCUGGAUAAAAUGCUGAAGAAGUGUUGACUAGUACGCAAGAACAUAUUCAGGUGAUGUUUCGACUUCCUGCAUGUUCCGGCGUGUUGAGAUGCAUACUUCUUCCACAGUUCAGUCCAGACCUCGGCCGCCUUCUCUGAACGGUUAUCUCUUCUCUUGAUGGGCCUUAUCUCAGGAGUGCUCACUGAAAUGGUGGUGAGGCGUAACUGUGGAAGAUCGCGUCCAGACCACCAGUAAGAAACGCAGCUCUCUUAGAAGCCCGAUACUCAACGUUUCCUCAAAGCAACCAUGUCUUCACUUGAGGCCAAAUGACAGGUUACCUGUAUAAUUCCUCGGCACUUUACACCGUCAGUCCUCGUCUCCUCGUGAAGUGGGCAUUUCUGCUUUGGAAGCCAUUCUCUAGCUGAGCAAGGUUCUAUCCAUGACCAAAAGGAGAGCCACAGAACUUCAGCCCUGAGUUUCUGCAGGUCCCUGGUCUGCCCUGCAUUGUGACGAGCUCCUGGUAUACUCAGAUGUAUGAUCUGUACUGUACUUUUGGAAGCCCUGAGUGCCUGUAUGUCCCUGGUUGAGCUCGGAGUGAGUGCAGACCUCUGGUCCAUGCUGCAUUGUGAAGAUCUCAGUGUCUGUAGGUGGAAAAAGUAAUACUGAUAUCCCAUGUGAUCCCUCCCUGGUAGUGUUUAUAUAUUAGUGUACAGCAAGUGAUGUUUCGAAGCCCGGCCUGGCUGUGCUCCCGUGUGUCUCAGCACUCUAGUCAAAUGGAGUAAAAUGAGAAUGCAGUCUGAGGAGCACUGGAUGACCUAAAGGGGCUUGCUCCCUUCCCAGAAUUCCCCUCUGUUUGGUUACCAUUUCCAGCUUUUAGGUUGCCAUUUCCAUCAUCCAUCGUGUACAUGUUCUCUUUCUCAAUGCGGUGUGGAUUGACAACACCAAACCUCAGCAUUCCACGCUCCAGUCUGUGCCAGUGCGGUAUUCAAGCCAAAGUCCACGGCGUGUUCUCGGCUCUCGGCCGAAUCACAAGAGGGCGUCUUUCUGUGCUGCGGGUUUUUUUUUCGGCAGACAGCUACAUAGCUUUUGUAUCAUGAGAAGGAAUUCCUGGGAAACUAGAGCAUUGUGCUCUUUUUGUUAGUUCCCAGCUGUGGGGUAAACAUAAGUCUCCCUGCUAUAUACUCCCAGUGUAGACCAGAUAAGCAUUCUGUGGUCUUACAACGUCAGUUCUCCUUCAGUCUUGCCCACCUUUAUGUGAUUGAGCUUUUAGAACGUUCAAUGAAUCACUGUAACGUGUUUCAACUUUAAUUUGGUUUACCAUCAUGAGUUUGCCCUGUAACUGGAAACGUUAAGAUUUCCUGCUCACCAAUGAUGUUUGCAAAACGUAGUGUGAAUCUUACUACAUAUGACAGCUUACAAUUAUUUUGAAUCCUUGGCGAGUUGUGAGGAAAAUCAGGCUUUCCUAGCCGUUACCCCCUUUUUCUGGGCAUCUUCUGAAGCGGCAACUGAACAACAAGUCCCAUCAUCCAGCCUUAUGUACUUUUAGUAAUGGCUCCCUCUGCUGGUUAGGAGGCCGGUGUUCCAUAAUUUCACAGAUAUGGAGAAUUCCCUCUGCUGCUUAUACAAGUGUAGAAAGAUCCCCCUGCUGGCCAGCCUCACUCACAGAAGUACAGAGAGGGAGCAAAAGCGUCAUCUACCUGAGUGGAACAGGUCUUCAUCAACAAAGACUACCUGCAUAAGCUGAUGGAAGACCAGUGCUCAGCACUGCACAAUCUCCACUGACCUAUUACAGGCUUUAACACCAAAGUGUCAUCUUAUAGCAUUGAAAUGCCAAUAGAGUCAUUGUACUGCAAGUAGAAAAGUCCAAUCUGCUAAGCAAAAGGCUGACAGAUGGAAUUGGACCACUGCUGCAGAAAGAGCUGGGAAAAAAAAAAACUUCUUGAGAUGCAGUGAAAUUGGCCUGCUUCACCAGGCCCUGCUCAGCUACUUAUUGCUUUUCUAGACUUUCCACACUGUUGCAGGUUCGGAAUGGUUAUCUCUGGAUAAGACAAGGCCAAAUGUAAUUAAACAGAUUAAUUGUUAUAAUUAUUAUUUUGUAUCAUUUUUAAGGUUUUUAAAUUGAUUUAUUGAAUGUAUGUAGAGUCAGUGUGAGUAUGUGACUGUACAGUGUCUGUACAUGCACUUGGCUGAUGUUUGUUUGGGACCUUCGGUUAAUCCUCAGUGAAUGGUAACGAGGGGCCAAGCACAAGACAAAGAACACAGGGCAGUGGUCCAUGUAUGGGGGUGUCACAGGAGGUGGGAAGGCGUCACUGUGAAGCCUCCAGAUCAGAACAUAUCAGAUGUGUAAUAGAUGACUAAGAAUGAGUGAUAGUUAGUUAUGACUUAAAGCUGUUUAAAUCGUUGUUGUUGUUACUAUUAUUGUUGUUAUAAUUUUUAAUUUUCAGCGGGGGGUGAAAUGCCCCUUACAUCGUGUGUGGCUUUAUCACACUGUUGUCCAUUAAGGUUAGCCGACUGACUCAAUGUGAGUGUGGCACAUUACAAAUCAUCAAAGUGUCACUGGUAACGAAGGAAAUAAAAUGGCCAGGUUUUUAAAGGGAAAGAGCCGGGCUGUCAGCUUCCGGAAAUUUCCGCCCGUCCGUCUUUGUGCUUUCAGUAUCCUGUCCGACUUGAUUUGCUUUGAAGAAUCCACCGACGUGUAAGUAAGGAAGGCUCACUCGCUCACUUGUAAAAAUGUAACUUGACGUUCUGGAGUAGGUGCAUUACAGCUCACUCGUGUAUUUUUUGUUGAACAGAAUGUUUUUGUGUGUGUUGUGAGUAUUAAAAGUACAGUUCUGUUGAAGAAUAAAUUAUUUUUUUGUAAAC